UGUAUGCGCCUUUCAGUUGGUUGCGAUCGGCCAAUACAAAUGUAAAGAAGAAGAACAAUCCGUUCCCAUACUGCAAUGCGUCAAUAAUUUGAUAAUGUACCAAAAUGACACUGAUCUACAAGGCACUGAUGGUUCAGGCAUUCUUGGGAGUCCUGAUGUACGCAGACGGAUCCCCAUUAAGCUGCUAUCCAAGCAGCCAGUCAGAAGCAAGGCUGUUAACCACUCACAGAGACCCUUAAGCAGACUCCCCUCCAAAACCCAGUCUAAUGAUGAAGAGGGCUUUGGGUUCAAGCAGGAAGAUAGAUUUGAGCGCAAGUCUGGAGAUGCGUUAGGCAACCAGAGGAGGUUCUCUCAGCCCCUGUUCUGGGACUACAAACUGAAUCUGGUUGGCGAAAAGGACGACACGCCAGUUCAUUUCUGUGAGAUAUGUGGCCUUCCCAUAAAGCUCUAUGGACGCAUGAUUCCCUGCAAGCAUGUAUUUUGCUAUGAUUGUGCCCUGCUCCAUGAGAAGAAGAUGGAAAAGAUGUGUCCAGGUCUCACCCUAUACAGCUGCACAGAUCCGGUCCAGCGGGUCGAGCAGUGCCUGCGGGGCCUCCUCUACAUGUGCAGCAUCGUUCCGGGCUGCAAGCGCACCUACUUGUCCCAGCGCGACCUGCAGGCCCAUGUCAACCACCGACACAUGAGGGCAGCCAAGGCUGCAGGAGGGGGCAUCCUACCACGCCUAGAGCCCUUGCAUCCACAACUGGCCUCAGAGCCACCUGACCACCACCGUCGGCUACCACUGCCCCACCUGGCCAAAGGCCCCCCCACUUUUAUCCAGGCUACUCAAUACUGCCCCUGCAGCCCAAAGAGGUUAAAAGCCUUUAUUGAAUUCACAAGUUCUUGUAAGUGUUAUAUUUGUAAGACGAUUUUCCACCACAUACGUGGCGAGCUUGGCCAGGAGAUCAAGGGACCACGGAGAGUGACGUUCCGGGCUGGCGACAGUUUCUUUGGACAAUCUUGCAAACGGGUGGCCACCCAACUAUUAAAAGGUAAGCUUGUUCUUACAUAGUUGAAUGUUUGUAUAAAUUGCUUCAGAGAUACUGUCUCAGCGAGAAGGGCGUCACGUUGGUCUCUCUUUAAAUUUCCUAAAAACCCAGUAAAUGCUAAGAACUUUUGAAUUCAAUGAAUUGCAUGCAUGUGUGAUUUUGGGGGUUGUCAAAAGUAAACAUAUAUGUGCAUGUGUAGGGACUAAGUGAGUAGGGGCUGUGAACCUUGCUGGUGUCGGGCGUUUAGCGGAGGGGGCUUGCACUCGUUCUGAUCGUACCGUUAGAACGGACCCACGUGUCUGGCUUGAUUGGGAGGAGUCGUUCCGUCUGAUUCUGCUUGGCCGAGCUCGACUGUCUCAGGGUCUGUUUUGGGAUGUGCGUAAACACAGCCCAAUCAACCUGAGCGGGCGACUUGAGUCGGGUGUGUGUGAUUCGGACUGCCCCUCUCACCGGACCAUUCAUUUGGGGACCUUGUGUGGCCUGACUGGUGCGGCGGUUUGCGCUCUCUGACUGAGCUGCCUGGCCCGGUGUGGGGCUGCGGCUGUCUGCCCAUACGGUCAAAACAGAUAAAGUAGUUAGAAAGCCCACGAUACCACCCUUUAACUUCUCUGCGCUACGCAUCCCUAAUACGGGAUCACUUUCCUAAACAACCGC